ACGUGUCCAAAGAAAAAUAUCAUGCAGUUAUCGGUAAAUAGCACUUUACUUUUUACAAUAGGAGACUGUAUUUUUGAAACGAAGUAUGCCAAUGGCUGCCUUAAGAGGAGUGCUUCAGAUGACAUACAUCAUGUUUGGUACAGGCACAAACAAGGUGACGAUGAAAGGAAGAAACAUAAGGAGAUGUUGGUGGCAGAAACAGACCGUCUUGAUUAUUCUGGAAGUAUCAUGAGACGAAAGGGAUCUGGAGUUUCUGAUAGUUAUAUUGGAGAAUUUGAUCGACGAACUGGAAAAGUGAGGAUCUGUAGUACAUCUACAUUCCACCUCACGCCAAAGCUGCCUGGUUCCGAUGAACAACCAAGUCCAGAGAAAAUAGAUUUCCGCUCUCUGUCCUUUGUUGAUAAGAGCGAUGCAUUUGUGGAUGCCUUUGGUAGUUCCAAGAAGAAGAGGGCGGUAGAUAGUAGGAGAAGGAAUUUGAUAGCAGAUUCUGUGCUUGAGGCGGCUGUAGGGGCAGCUCUCAAUCAAUCUAUGUCUAAUAGCAGGAACGAGAGUCUUUUGGAUGUUUCAACUUCUACAAAAGACACUUCUGAUGUCAUCCCACCUCAUGAUGCAACUGCAAUGAUCCCCGAACAAGUCUACAAAAUUGAUGACAUUAUAUCCCAUCAGGAAUAUGAUGCCUUACAACCUUACAUUGAUCCAUUCGUAAAUGUCUCACACAGUCAGAUUGAGGAAUGGAGGAAUAAAGAAAUUUAUGGUCGUUAUAUCCUGGAUCACCUGGCUGCUCUGCCUCUACAGGAGCAUCGGAGACAGAAGAGAGCCACCUAUUUGCUUUACUUGUACUACAUGAUGUCGCUCUAUCACCGGAGGGCAAGUGAACUCAAAAAAAGAGAUCCAUUACCACCCGACUGGCCAGAGGUUAUCAAGAUGAACUUGCUUGAGAAAUUUACAUUCAAAGUAGGCGGAGAUGGAACGAAAGUAGUCAGGUGCAUGCCAGCACGACUGAAAGACAAACUGCUGUCCUAUAUGAUUGUUCUGUGCUUACACAUGGAUGAGUUCUACAUGCCAUUUGAUGAUUUCCAGAAGGAUUCUAAAGUUGGCGUUUCAAGAUUAACCGACCACAUCCGAGCGUUAGGAUGCAAGAUAGAGACCGAAACAUUCAUGGUUGGUAAACAGCAAUCCAUCGGGAAGAACAUUACAUUACCAUUACCUUUGAAAUUCCCCGAGCGUUUGAAGGGAGGGAAGCCUAAAGGAAAACGAUAAUGAUAAAAGGAAUAAUGAACUUCUUCAGAGAAGAGAAUGGACAGUUUGUCUUGUACAAGUGCUGGUUGAGAAGACUGUGUGGGUGCUGCUCAGUACUCCACGCUUGAUAUUGCCGACUGUUUUUAUCACCGUGGACUGGUGUGGAUGAAGACUCUGAACUGAACAAAGUUUCAGGAGGUAAUUUUAUGGUCGAGAUGAAAAUUGCAGUAGAGGGAGGGAAGCUGGUGUGUUGUUCUGCCUUCUGGAGAAGUUAACAUGUUGAAUAGUUCAUUUGAAUUAAAACAUCAAUCCUUCUCAUUGUAAAUAAGUUAUGCAUAUAUAAAGAUCCAAGGCUUUGAAAUCAGUCUUUCUUUGGUCUUUUCGUGGACUUGGUGCAUCAAUUCAAAUGCAUUCAAGACUCACUCCGAACUGACAACCACAAUGGAU